GUAGUAGUUGUAGAGAGGUUGGGGUCGACUUGGAGACUGGAGAGUUUCAGUCAGUCAGUGGCGCACCCGCACAUCGUUCGGACGUGGCUGUGUGGUCUGUGCCUUUUUUCCUUCCCCCAUCUCCCUCGAACCUCUCUUCGAAACGCGCAUAAAUACUUCCCCCGACUCGACCUACACAACCCCCAUCUCUAUAAGCUUCUUUUGCGGCGGGGACCCUCACAUCCACGUGUGUGUGGGGGGCACGAAGUGGGGGACUUUGUUGUCUUAUUCGUACUUUGUUUGCACUUCGGGAGAUAUUGAGCUGGAAAAUUCGAAGUUCCGGUUGGCGUUUGGCACCGGUGCCAGGGAUCGACGAGAGGGCAGGGGUAGCAGCAAGAGAGAGCAGCAGCAGCAGCGGCAUCACCACCAUCAGCGCCCUCGGGAGGAGGAGAUGAUCGGUAGUAGAGCCAGCGGCUGGCCAGUUGUGUGAUGACCGUCUUCACGUGAACUAUCCCUUAGUAGUGAUUGUAGUAGUUUCCGGAAGGAAUUGAGAAGAGGAGGAAGGAGAGGAAGAAGAAGAAGAAGUAGAGGAAGAGGAAGAGGAGGAGAUAGGAGGGGAUUUUUCUUCUCUAAUGUGCAGUGCGAAUGCGACCAACAUUAAGACAAGUGCCUUGUGUGAGGAGGAGGAAGGAGGAAACAGUGAGGAAAGGAGUCGCCGAAUGUCCUUAGUAUCGAUGUGAUUUAUUCCCAGUUUUUUUUCGGUUGUAAUCGUCUAGAUCGUCAUCAUCAUCAUCUUUGCUGUGAUAUAUAGUCAUUUUCGCGGAGAGGAGGUGUUUGUGAAUACGUUGCUAGUGUGAUGGUGGUGUGUUUUGGGGACGGGUAUAGAACUCUUGACGCUCAGUAGUAAGAAGAUAGUAGCUGUAGUAGUUUGUAGUCGUAGUUGUAGUAGAUUAGCAGGAGAGGAGAGAGAGAGAGAGAGAGAGAGAGAGAGGUGGAGUAGUGUGUAUUGGGCGCCCACCGGUGAUGGCUCGGCCGAGGUGCCCUGUCUAUUAUGGUUGAGAAUGUGGCCGGGCAGUGCGGGCGUGCGGCUGUGACCAGGGUAGCCAGUAGUCGUGUGGAGUUGCGUGCGUGCCGUGUGCGUGCCUGCCGCGGCGUGCACGUGGUGGGCGUGAAACCGUGCGCCGCACCCGCGCCUUGCCCUGCUCACUAUGGACUUUGUUUACCUGUUCUCGUCUCCAUCACUGACCCCGUCAAUUCACUAGGAACUUUACAGCCUGAUAAAGACGCCAUACUUGAAAUUGUUGAAAACAAUAGGAAGAAAUACAAGAAAACAUCUGGUGUGGAGAAAGUGAAGGAAUUGGAAACGAAUCGUGAACAGUUAGUGAAAGAGUUGAAAGAAUUGAGGGAGAGUGAGCAUUUUUCAAACAACUUUAGAGAAAAUCAGCCGAGUGGUGCUGAUGUAGAAAGCGGUGCACUUGCUUUGGAGAACUGGGCUAAAGGAAUUGAUCUAGGAGAGAAGUCGAGUCAUUCUCAGGAUUUUGGGGGGGCAGGGGAGCAGUACAAGGUGUUUGUGGGCACCCUGGCCGAACUGGCUGCAGAAAAGCGGGCAGGGCGCGUGGCCCCUGGCCCGGAGCCGCCAACGGGCGCGCCACGUCAUCAUGAGGCAGUACAACUGUUCUCAGAACUCAUGCAGACCGACGACGUCUCUACCAUAGCGGCACAGAUCGCUAACCAGGCAGAACUCAUUUACCAGACCUGGAAAACUACUGGCCUCAACCCUACAGAACUCAUCAGAUAUCACAGCGUCACUUCAGACGGCAGCCUGCUCGAACGUGGCGAGCAGGCUGCUACAGGCUCUCAUACAUCCCCCUCAAAACCUUCAACUAUUAAACCUCGUACUCCUGUUCGAAGUAUAAGUCCUGCACCCCCAGGUUCAUCUCCAGCUGUUCCACGUAAAGUACUUGACUCCUCUUUACACAACGGGAGGGCACACGUCAAUUCUACCCCUUACACCUCUUCAGUUCCUCAUAAUCAAGUGACACAAAAUCAGUCUCCUCAUAGUCAAUCUCCCCAUAGUCAAUCUCCUCAUAGUCAAUCUCCACACUCAACUUCUCCUGCUUCUGCUUCUCCUCACGCUGCCUCUCCUGUUCGUACCCUUAAUACAUCUCCUCGCCCUUACAUUCCUCCAGGAGCAGCACCUCAAUCUCCUGGAGCACAGCAGCAGCAACAACCAGUUUACCCCAACAGUAAUCUGAUUCAGGCAGCACCCCAGUCUCCACGUCUUUCAUAUUCAUCACCUUCAUCACCAUCACUGAGCCAAGGGGGGCCACGACCUUACGUGUCACCAGCGGCUCCUCAGUCACCGAGAGGUUCAUCUAUUCAUCCUCCACCACCACCAGAAAGAUCCUCCUCAUAUUCAGGAGUUGAUCCAUCUCAGCACCCGCAGCAACAAGAUAGUCCUCUUGAUAUUCUUGCAGACCCAGGAUUAGAAGCCUCCUUACAGGAGCUGGUCAAUUCAUUUGUGAUUGAAGAUAAGGCGCGUCACCACGCAGCAGCAGUUGCAGCUUUGGCAUCUCAGAGGCCAAAGAGUGCACCAUCUUCCAUCCAAGAGGCACUUCAGCGAUUUGAACGGCAGAUGGCAAUAACAUCCCGUGUUGCUGCCCAAGCUGCCGAUAAUUUGUCUAAUUCCUCUUCUCCUGUUUCUCAGCCAAACACCAUGGGUACUUUAGGACGAUUUAGUCAACAGCAAAUGACCAGCACUUCAAGCAGUAGCAGUGUGAGCAUGAGCAGUAGCAGUUCUAGCAGCACAAAUACCAGUAUGAGUAUUAACACUAUUGGUAGACGAUAUGGUGGGACAAGAAGUGAUUCUGCUCUAUCCAAUGAGUGGACUAGGAUGCAGUUGGAUCAUGAUGCUCGAAAUCGCCGCUCAAUAUCUCCUAAUCCUCCAGUUUCUCAGCCAGGGUGGAAUGAAGGCCCUUCUUCCAAUACAUCCACAUGGCCCCUUAAGCAUAAACAGCCAUCAACCUUGGAGAAGAAAACAUCAAUGCAAAGCCAUAGUUCAUCCACUCAUUUAUCUACAUCCUCUGCAAGUUCAUCCUAUUCUUCUUCAAAUGUCACAACUAGUACAUCUACAAAUUACAUCACAACUCUUGAGGCACGAGUAGAAAGCUCUGGAGGCCAGAAAUUUACAGGUGUCCCUCUACGUCAUAAAGUUGUCACCAUGUCUGCUGUUGACCAAGAGGAAGAAAGACUGAUGAAUGCUCUUCGUACAGGUACGCUUAUUGAUGAUGGAGAUCGUCUGAGGCCUCUUAACCAGACAAGGCCUGUAUCGGCUCCCACAACUAGCACUCAUACUUCUGCUCAUACAUCCACUCUUCCAACGACUAAUUCAAUUAUAAAUAGUAAUAUCAGCAAUAAUAUAAGCCAGUCAAAUGCUACAGAAUACCCUGCUCAAGCCAGGCGGCCAAAAUACUCUAUCAGUGUAACAGUAGAUGUAGAUAAUCCAACAGAAACUCAGAAUCAAAGGGUGCAGCAGCAACAACAGCAACAGAUGCAACAUCAACAAUUGCAGAAACAACAGGUUCAGCAAUCUGAAUAUCGGCAAAGUUCUUCUUCAGUUUCUAUGCGUACAACACAACAACGAGUACAAAUGAAGUCACAAGUAGAGGGAGAUAUGUCUGCCGUUGAUUUUGCAAAGGUACGCUUCCAAGAGUCACAGCAACACCCCCACUCAUCUCAGCGGUUGGAUGACUACCGUAAUAUGUCCUCAAAACAGGUUGUAAGUAGUGAUGGUAGAGUUAUGUUAGCCAGGACUCGCUUCGAAAAUGGUAGCACAUCCAUAUCUGACUCAACAUGGCGUGGAACCCUGGGUAUACAGGCAGAUGAGGUAGGCUCCACGCUGCCCGAGUUUUAUCGCAGAAAACUAAGGAAAAUGCGGAAGGCAGGCUCUCCUGAGCCCUUAGUUGCGGGAAGCAUCUCUGCCUUGCCUCACCCAGAGUUGACUGAUCAGCAGAAGGCACAUAUCCGGGAAAGGUCCCAGUCUCCAACUACAGGCUACAACAGCGCUGGAGUGGCAAUUAGACCCUUCCUUACUCAGGGAAGUGUGGCAGAGAGGGUCCUUAUAUUUGAAAGGGCUCCUGCCGAGAUGAAGCCCAAACCAGGAGCCCCAACCAGCGGUCCACCCACUACAGAAAAACGUCGCCCUGCCAUUAGCACAUGGCGCGACCCCAAUGAAGUCCGUUCUCUUGCGCAGUUUUGGAACAUCCUGAACUUUUUGGGCGCAAUAGACGAUAUGACGGAGGGCGUCGUGACGCCCGUGUCCCCCCCGUCGCCCAUAAAACAGAUAGAAGCCCCUCCUCCCCCAGCCACUACAACCGCCAUCCCUACAACCCCUACAACUACCAACGCUGCGCAGGACGCCACAACCGCUAAGCAAUUGGUAAGAAGAGUUCCAGAGGGUGUCCAUUUGUCACUUUUCAAACCUACUUAUGUCCGAGAAAACAGCGUAUCGACCAGCCAAAAGGAAAAUGCUCGGCCGCUGGUCAGUUCGCCCCCGUCCACCCCAGUUUCCUCCCUGUCUCCUACCCCACAGUCCGUCACGCCCACGGCCGCCCCCCCUCUCACACACACGAGCCCAGCGUCCCCCGUGGGCAUUUCGGCAACGCCACCAGCCUUCCACUCUACGAGGCCCACCAACACCACCAUCAGGAGACACACGAAAGCGGCGAAGAACCUCCUCAUACCAAGAUUUUAUUAUCCAAUGGGACGCCCAACGACCCAGUCAGCGCAGGAGCAGGCGGUGAGUCGAUUAGGGUCACUUUUCCGGGAGCAUGGAGGACAGAUAACGAGGGAAAAUAUGGAAUCCCUCAUGAGGGCGUGUCAGUUACCCCUUUACUGGAAGGCGCCUCUGUUCAUCGCUGCAGGCGGGGAUAAGCUCGGCUACCUCACACAGGAACAAUUUUGUGAUUACUGGAGCAGAGUGAUCUCUACUUGCCAUGACAUGGCAUCUCGCUUUGUGCGCGUCCUUAGCCGUGGUGUGCGGAACUACCUCAUUCCUGAGGAUUUCCUCAGUAUGAUCCAAGAUGUAGUGGACACUCAUCCUGGACUCACUUUUCUUAAAGAAGCCACUGAGUUCCACUCCAGAUAUGUUCACACUGUAAUAGCAAGAAUAUAUUAUUGUGUAAAUAGGUCGUGGUCAGGUAGAAUAACUGUACCUGAACUGAGAAGAUCCAAUCUGCUACAGGUGAUCAGCUACUUGGAAGAAGAGGAGGAUAUCAACCAGAUUACAGACUACUUCAGUUAUGAACACUUUUAUGUUAUUUAUUGUAAAUUCUGGGAGCUAGAUUCGGAUCAUGAUCUCUUUAUUGAUAAGCAUGAUCUAGCAAAACAUAAUGAAAGAUCACUCUCUUGGCGUAUGAUUGAACGCAUAUUCAGUGGAGCAGUGACUAGAGGCAGAUUGCAAAAGCUAGAUCGUAUGGGUUAUCAAGAAUUUGUGUGGUUCUUAAUAUCUGAGGAGGACAAGCGGCAUCCAACUGCAAUUGAAUACUGGUUCAGGUGCAUGGAUCUUGAUGGAGAUGGCUACCUUUCUAUGUAUGAACUUGAAUAUUUCUAUGAAGAGCAGUUGCAGAGAAUGGAGGCUUUAGGAAUUGAAACGCUUCCCUUCCAUGAUUGUCUCUGUCAAAUGUUGGAUAUGGUUCGACCAGAGGAGGGUGACAAGAUUUCUCUCAGAGAUUUAAAGAAAUGUAGAAUGACUCCAAUCUUCUUUGACACCUUCUUCAAUCUAGAAAAAUACCUGGAUCAUGAGCAGAGAGAUCCCUUCGCUUCACACAGAGCAGAUGAUGAUGGACCUGAGGUAUCCGACUGGGAUCGUUAUGCAGCUGAAGAAUAUGAGCUUUUAGUAGCUGAAGAGGGAGGUGCUGAUCACCAGGAUGACGUAUUCUAUGGAGAUGAAGAUGAACUCUCAAUGGGUUGUGAUGAUGCCUUAGACUCCAACACAGGAGAAGGUGGUGGCAAGACUGGAGUUGUAGGAAACGGAGGGGCCUUAAACAAACAUUCUCCACUCUCUGCAACUGUUACUAAUUUAGCUGCUGACCCAAUGGAUGUUGAUGAUGAUUAUCCAGAUUAUGCUGACUCAGAUGAUUAUCAGUACUGAUGUCUCCAUUGUUUUAUACUGUUUACCUCUCUCUGUUUCUAUCCACAUCUGUUAAUUCAUAAUGAUAGAUUCUCAUUAAUACAGUUUUGAUUCUCGAAUCUUGAAUAUUUAUAUUUCAUGCAUGGUCUUAAACUUUUAAAUGGUCUAUUUAAAAGAAAUGUUACUGUGUUGAAUGAAAACAUUAUUGUUCAGUUGAUGAUAGGACUUUGGACAAUAAAAUAAACUUUCAAGUUUGUGUAACAAAGAAAAUUAGUCUAAUAUAAACUUCAGAGGAAUGGAAGUGUAUUCAUUUACAUGUGUGCUUAGAAGUGACAUACCAAUGGAAUCAUUAGCAGUUAUAGACCUUGGGCUGUAGCAAUCGCAAAGCUCAUACAAUGUGUUUAACAAUAGCAUAAUCAUUAAAUGAGUUUUUGUUCCUCUCAAAGGUAGAGUUCCAUUGUUAAGAACACUAGAUCAGUUCAAAACUAUGAAUGCUGAACUUUUUAUAUUUGGCUGUAUAUUAUACUGGUAUGUGAUCUGUUUUACUGCUGUAAUAAAUAUAUCAAAUGAUUAUAAGACUGUACUGUUAAAUUUUUAAUAUUUAAACACUGUUGAAGUCUACUUUUAUACCCUUAGAUUGGAUUUUGCUUAUGAUUAACUAAACUAAACCAGGUGUAGUGUAAGGUCUGUGAAUUCCCAAAACAAAGUCCUUUAUCAUCGGCAGAAAGCAUGAACUUCCCUCAUCCGUAUGUGCCAAGAAUGCAUGCAAACGCCACCUGUUAUGGCAAUGCUAUACAUUAGUGUAUAGGAAAGAGAGAGUGAGAGAGUUGAAGAAAAAACACACUUUCUUUGUAAGUAAUGCUAUGUGCAGUCAUACUCUUGAACCAAAGACUUUACAUACUUUUCAGUGAUUAAGAAAUGCAAGUACAGAAAUUUAGUGUGGAGUUGAAAACCCUGUUCAUAUGCUUUAGUAAAUCACACAAAUACACAUUUAUUUAUCUGUCAGUACCACAAUUUUGAAAAUAGUGUGUAUAAGAUUUAAACUAUUUUUACUCUUAGAUAAAUCCCUAACUGUGAUGCGCCAUGUAUGGUGUGGUGCUUGUAACUUUACGGAUGUACUCGUUAUAGAACGUUCAGUAAAGCUUCAGUGUUUUUUUUUUCUAUUGUGAGAGCAUCACUAAGAAAGUUGAAUGUGAAAGUAUGUGAGUGUAUAUAUACAUUUUGUGAAAAAACAAAUCCUUUUGUGCUUUAAGUGAAAAUGCCUUAUGGGGUUAAUUCCCAUGUAUUUGUGAUGAGAAACUCAAUACAUGUACUGCAAUUUACCUUUUCAAUUUUUGUCUUCCUAAUUUCAAUCAAGUCCCUCCAUGAAGUGCCUCAGUGUCCCCGAUUGUAUGGAAUCUGGGAAACUCAAGAUAAACUUAGCUUUAUGAAUAGAAACUAUCCCGCCUGUGACUUGCUUUCCAGUGAUGAACUAUAUUGUCAAUGAACUGCAGCCAAAUACAAUGGAAAACAGAACAGAAUCACCCACAUAAGGAAACAAUGAAAUUUUCUGAAUUCAAAGACCAGUCUUGUGUUCCUGUUUAUCCUAUUCAACUUGUUCUGCAGCCUCUUUUGAAAGUUACAGACUCAUUCACCAGGUUAAUUCUGCAAGUAACCUACACUUCAUGAUGAAGUGAAAGUUCCUUAUUACCAUAUAUAUUGUACAGUUUGUGCCCAUUUCUUCCCAAAGCAGUUGCGUUAAUAUUUCAUCUGUGAAAGAUGAUCAGUUAGCUUAGGAAUUCUAGAAAUUGUUGCAGAAAGCCUGGUGGCUGAGUGAGUGCAUUUCCUCUUUUACCUCUUAAGUAUACAGCUCUGGUAGUUGGAAUUUACCUUUAGAAUGAAGUGCUGUAUCCCAUUGCUACAAGUGCCAUUCCUUCUGCCCGGUGCAGAUGGGAAAAUCCACUUCCUCCCUCACGUUAUCAUCUCCUACCUGUAAAUGGAAAUCCCCUUACAGAAAUUUUUAUCAAGACUGGUAUCAUCAAGAUGGAAAUUAAAACCUGGAUUUUUUUUUUCACGUAGUCACCUCUCACUAAAAAGUAUUUAUACAGCAACGAGUAUAGUAAUGACUUUCGUAGGAAAACAGAUUACUAUAGACAUUUUUAUUCUGUAGUUUUUAUUCAUAUGUAACUGUACUUUCUGCCUUUGUCCGUUUUUAUAACCACAAUGUACUGGCCACAGGUCUAAAGAUCCUAUUAUUUCAGAUUACACAUUAAGGAUAGGUGAUGAACAAUAAUUGUUCACCAUUACAAGAAUCAUAAAAUGUCGAAUGAGCUUGCAAGUUGACCUGGAGUGGAAAUUACACCAGCAAACCUUUUUAAGGCAACUGCACCAAGUUUAGUUGAAUCUGCUCAUACCACUGCACCCACAUGCAUCCCCAUAUGCACUGUAAAUAUAUAUGUAUUCAGAGCUGUGUAAUAGACAACUGCCGGUGUCAUUUUGAAAGGCUAUAUAUUUCAGUUAUGAUUGUAUGCAAUACCAAUCAGAGGAAUAUAGUGCUCAGUUCCAUUAAUGUUUGUGCUCCAAGCUAGUCAAGAUAUUAUAUGCACUUAGUUCUCAUACUGUUUUUAUUUUUUAGAAACUCCAGGGUCACAUGACUAGCAUAUUUGUACUGAAUAAUGCCAUUUUAUUGAACCCAGUGUAACUCUGGCGAGAUAUGUUCUUGUAAAUGGUGUUGGUAUCACCCCUCUUCAUAAGUUUAUUGUAAUAUGUUGUAUAAAGGAGUUAACAUUUUGGAUAAUAUAA